CAUCGGCAGCGGAGGAGCCGCGCGGUGGGAGAGGAGGUGCCGGGACGGGAUCGGGACCGGGACCGGGACCGGGAUCGGGACCGGGACCGGGACCGGGACCGGGAUCGGGAUCGGGAUCGGGAUCGGGCGCUUUCCUCCAGGCAGCCCUCGGGAGCGGGCUCCCGCGGGGCGGCGCGGUGCCGGCCGCUCUGACGCGCCGUUGGUGUCGUUGCAGCCGCAGCGCAGCGCAGAGAUGAUCAUCCCGGUGCGGUGCUUCACGUGCGGCAAGAUAGUGGGGAACAAGUGGGAAGCCUACCUCGGCCUUCUGCAGGCGGAGUACACGGAAGGAGAUGCCCUGGAUGCCCUUGGCUUGAAGAGAUACUGCUGCCGCAGAAUGCUCCUCGCCCAUGUGGAUCUGAUUGAGAAGCUUUUGAAUUAUGCACCCCUGGAGAAAUGAGAUGGAAAAAGCACUGUGCUGCAAGCCAUGUGGAACGUAUCUCUAAUUUAAACUUGAAACCGGACUUCAGGCAGUAAAGGAUGAAAGCCAACUGUAGUGCAACCAUCAAGAGAUGUUUAUCUUCUGGAUAAAAUACUGCCCCAAGCCACUAACCUCUUUCAAGGAAACAGGAAUGAUGAAGUCCACUUAAACAAGAUUUAGAGAUUAAAAGUUUGGAUGUUUCUUCUUAAAUCUGUGUUUGGAGUUGUGAACUUCCAAGAUGCUUCUGCCAGUAAAAAUAAAAGUUUGUCCAUGUAGAAAAACUAUUAUAGUUCAUUAAAAUGUUGAAAUAAAGGAGGUUUUUCCCUUGUA